CACCAAGGUUGUUGCUGCUGCAGACCCCGCAGGUUCUGAAACUCGUCUAGACCGCCUUCAAACUCACCUAACCCAGGCCAUGAACACAUUCAAUUGAACCCUCCGCAAACGCAGAUACAAACGCAGACGACGGGACAGGAAAACCAUCUAUCCCUACUGGUAACACUCAUCUCAAACGAAUAUAUGGGCAUGCUUUCUCGCCUGCUGUCUACAUCUCAGUCCAUCUCCUCUCUUGGCCAUCCCCAAUCAUGCUGCCUUACUCGCUUUACAGCGUGUACCGGCAGUACAAGCUAGACACAGAUGCCAUCGCUUCUUGGCUCGCUACUACAGCCCAAGCUAAUGGCUACCCGCAAGAGCUACUUCAACCUGGCGGUAAUGAUCCGCACAACAAGAAGACACAGGCACCGUCGCGCCGUCUCAAGGGCAAGGCACGACUACAAGCAGUGCGUGAGUAUCGGCAGAAUGUAGCCGCAGACAAAACCAGACAUGCCCAGAAGAAGUACACGAUUGCCGUCAAGGACUUCGUCGCCCUUGCCAACUUCAUUUCUGAGAAGCGGGCGAAAGUCGGCAAGGUGCCGGCAUCCUUUGUGAAGACCUUAGACCGCGUCAUCCGGGCGCGACGGGGCUUUGGGGACCAGAUUGCCGACCAAGGCGAGGUCACGGGCGACGACGCUGCUCCCGACAGCACCCACAUGUACUUCGUCGGUGUUCUCGAGAAGGUCCGCGACGUCAUGAAGCCGCUCUUCCCCUCUCAAGCUUCUUCUAAAAAGCAGGCGCCGCAGGCGUCAGCAGACGAGGAGGAGACCGAGGAUGCCUUCUCCAACCGCUUCGCCGGAUUGUCUGUUUACGAGCCAUCCGAGGCCUUCCUCAACAUGCCCGACGUAGAGCGACCACAGCCUUCCAAGACUGCCGGGAACGACGAGCUUGAAGCCACUUAUGAGGCCGAGAGGCUCAACGCCUUCGAGGAUGUCAUAUUCGCUUUGACCGCCUUGAUGAACGACUUGAAUCGCUUCCGGGAACGUAUCAAGUGGAUCUGGACCGCCUAUGGCCAAGGCCUCUUCGACCUCUGUGCGGUCGCCAUUGCAACCAACACGGCAAUCGAUCUAGCGCGCAAUCUCAUGGACGAAAUCACGCCGGAUCUGGAUGCGCACGGCGGUGCAUGGAAUAUGCUACAGAAGUUCCACAUGUUGCAAUGCAUGAUGGAAGGGCACGGCCCGGAAGCUAUGUUCGAUAACGAGGGGUCGACGGACAAUUUCAAUUACAAGCUGUACGAUGCCGGGAUCGGCCAGUUCCUCCAGGUCUACAACAUGGUCGAUGCCUUUUCCCGCGUCAUCGAGCCAAACCAGCUGCCCAUCUAUAAGGAGGGCAUGUUCGGCAUCUACGACCCUAAAAGUAACCGCAAUGCCAAGUCGGGGUACGAGAAAUUCCACGAGGACCGCGCGCUCCUCAUGCCCUUCUUUACCGAGCUCACGACCGUCUGCGUUAGCGUCACAGACUAUCCCGUCGAGGAUGAAUUCCUGCGGGGCAUGGCGGAGAUGCGGAAGACGAGACAGACGCCGUUUCCCAUGGUCUUUGCCGCACAGGUAUUCCUCGACAUCCACCACGUGCUACGAGAAGACGUUUCACGGGCCUUCGACGCUUUCCAGUCUGGCGUGACGGUGCUUCGCGACGAGAUCCAAGCACACCUCGACUUCCACAAGACUCUCAAGACCGAUACGUGGCCGCGGUCCAAUGACCAAUACAUGGCCAACAUCAUCACCGAUAUCCGCACCAUUCUCAGAGAUCCUGUGUAUCGAGCCAAAGAGAGAUACUAUCGUCGCAUGAACUAUGCGGUGCCAGACUCGGUAGAGCCCAACCGGAUCCUGCGCAUGUCGCCAGUGUUGUCGGGCCUGGUGCUCUUCAAGUACCGCGCCGAGGUACGCGACAUUGCGUUCACUGUGGUCAACGCAUGGGGCUCCGUCACGUACACUGCGCAUCUUUUCAACGCCCUAUCUAGCGAGAAGUUGUUGUCAGGCGACAACGACGACGCGAACGCUCGGCCGCCAUGGCCUGAUAUGACUGUUCUUCGCAGUUUGAUGUUGGAAGACGAGCAGAUCUUCGUGGGCGGCGCACCGAGCAAUGCCGACGAAUACUUCACGAGGUUCUGCUUGCAAAUGGGCACGACAGUGAACGCCUUUACCAGACGCAAAGAAAAGCGGAAGGGGCCAUUGGCGUCCAAGGCUGGGCCCAGAGGAAUCAAGCCCGAAACCCUUUGCCCUGUCACCUCGAUGUUUAUCGAUCGCUACGUUCGGAAGACGGGACAGCUAAACUGGACGGCAGAGUACGUCGAGCGGGUAAUAGAAGCGAGCCAAUGGGAAGCCGAGGGCAGCGAAGAGGACCAUACUCUGACGAUGGGCAAACUGACCAAGGAAGAGCUAGCCCAGAAGAAGGCGCAAGAGAAACAGGAAGGAAAAGAGAAAGGCAAAAACCCCGCUGCAAAGCCAGCCCGUCUGACUCCCGAAGAGCUCAUACGCUCCCUCACACUGGCUCUCCAAACCGAAUCGUCCGAAUUCGCAUUCCCGCUGCUCACAAUGCACCACAGUUGCUGGCGUCUGCUCCGCGCCGUCAAACAGCAGUGCGACGAGGUCCUCCGAGAACUGUUCACCCCCGCGUACCUUGAGCGCGAGACGGAGCUUCCGUUCGUCGUCGGCUGGAUCUUCAUGGCGGCCGCUACGUCCGAGAGUCUGCCCGACAAGCGUCCGAUGCUCGAGGCCGCGAAGGCGGUGAUGCGGGAAGUUGUACUGGGCGACGAGGGCACUGCGGCUAUUCGUUGCCUCGGCGAGCUCGGAUUUCCAAUCGAGUUUGAACCCGACGAGGAGUGUUUCUCGUCGUGGAAGGAAAAUAGACAUGCGUCGACGUAAUUAGUCAGGUGUUAUUCUAGUGUCUUAGGUCUUGCCUUGAUUAGGUAGCUUACUGUUGAGAGUCUACAUGUACAGAGCGAUACCAACUAACCGCAACUGACGGUGUUAUUAGUAGCUAGUAAUAUUUAAUCAAAUAAUGAACCAGGUUCUCCGGUAA